UCCGCCGCCGCCCGGCCGCGGGGCGGGGCUGCCGCGGUUCCCGGCUGCUUGGCCCGUGGCGCAGCCUUGCGCCGGGCCAGCCAGCGGGUGCCUGAGCCGGAGCUGCCGGCAGUUCCUCUGAAACUGGGAGAAAGAAGAGAAUGGAUAUGGGUAACCAACACCCAUCCAUUAAACGGUUGCAUGAAAUACAGAAAGAAGUCAGAGAGAUUGAACAGCAAGUGGCUGUCUUCAGUGGUCUGACUACUGAUCAAGAUUACAAGAAAUUAGAAAGGAGUCUCACGAAACAGCUUUUUGAAAUAGAUUCUGUGGACACCGAAGGAAAGGGGGAUAUUCAGCAAGCCAGAAAGCGAGCUGCUCAGGAAACAGAGAGGCUGCUUAAGGAGCUGGAACAAAACGCAAACCAUCCACGCAGACUGGAAAUAGAGGCUAUAUUCAAGGAGGCACAGUCGCUUGUGGAACGUGAGAUUACACCUUUUUACAAAGGAGGUAACAGUAUAAGUGAUGAAUUUGAAGAAGGUAUCCAGGACAUUAUAUUGAGGCUUACCCAGGUGAAAACUGGAGGGAAAGUUUCUUUGCGUAAAGCAAGAUAUCGCACUCUGACAAAAGUAUGUGCUGUUCAGGAGAUUAUAGAAAGCUGUGUGAAGCAACAGCUGUCCCUGCCACUCUCUAAUGAUGUGCAUCCUUCUGUCUCCAAAAUUAACUCUGUAAUGUGUGAUGUGAACAAAGCAAGAGGAACUCUUAUUGCACUUCUAAUGGGAGUGAGUAGUAAUGAUACCUGCAGGCACCUCUCCUGUGUGCUUACUGGCCUCAUUGCUGAUUUGGAUGCUUUAGAUGUUUGUGGCCGCACAGAAAUAAGGAAUUACAGAAAGGAAGUGGUGGAAGAGAUCAAUAAGUUGCAGAAGUACCUGGACUUGGAAGAAGAAGGAAAUUCUACUCAUGCUUAUGACUUGGCACAAAAUCAGUCCAUUCUGAAAAUAGAAGAGAUACGCAAGAAAAUGAAGGAAGUGAAUUCUUUACUUUUAAAAACAGAGAAUGCUUCUGAUUUGUAUUUGGGAACCAAAGCAGAGUUGCAGGGAUUAAUUUCUCACUUAGAUGAGGUGAGUCCUGGAAAAAAUCCCUGUAUUAGAGAAGCCAGAAGAAGAGCAGUAAUAGAAAUUCAAACUCUUAUAACGUAUAUUGAUUUGAAGGAAGCACUCGAAAAAAGGCAAAUGUAUGCUGAGCAAACUGCUGCCGAACAUCAGUCUCAUAAAGCAGUUUGGAAUGUUCUUGGAAAUUUGUCUCAGAUUCAGCAGGAGGUCAUUUCAUUUGAUGGAAACAGAACAGAUAAAAAUUACAUGAGACUGGAAGAACUUCUUACGAAACAGCUUCUAGCACUUGAUGCUGUUGAUCCACAAGGUGAUGAGAGGUGUAAGGCUGCCAGGAAGCAAGCAGUAAAGCUUGCACAGAAUAUUCUUUACUACCUGGACAUGAAAACAGAUGAAUGGGAAUACUGAAACAGCCAUGGCUUAACACAGAAGAGCAUUUCUUCCUUUGGCACUUUAUUGAGAUCAUUGGCAGUGGUGUGUUCUGUGCUUGCUUAAAUCACAGAGAUUGCAUAAGCAGUUGACUUGGUUAUAUGUCUGCUGUCCUACGCAGUCACCUACUUGCCAUGGCAACUGUCAGUACACCAUCAGCAAUUCUGGUCAUUGCUAUAAGCAAAGAAGUGUGAUUCUCUGAAGGAGUAGUUUAAUACUUGAUCAAAUUGCUGCUUUAUUUUUUUUCCCUUCCUGUUUCUGUUGUAAUACACUCGUUUGGUGAAUGCAUAUUUUUUUCAGAGAUGCAGAAGCUUCCUUAUGGUACAGCACUGGCAAGGCUAUUUAAAGAAGACUGGACAUGAAAAUCGGUACGCAGGCAACAGGCUUCACCCAGCAACUUCACAGCAGACUGGAUGUACUCUUUAACGUGCUGAUACGACAAAACAUUAAGGACAAAAAAACUGUUGGCUUUUGGGUUGCACUUGUUUUAUUCCAUCCCUUGCACCUUUCUGAGUGUUCAGAUUUGUGAGUAAAUGGAGCCAUAGUGACAACUGCAAAUUAGCAUUUACAUAGAGUCAGUUAAGUCUGUUUUUUGUAAUAACUGAGUCUUUUGAUUUGCAAAACCAGGUCUUAUGUUCCUGGAAACUCUUUCAAAUUAAUUGCUUUAAGGUGCUGAGAGUUGGAGAGAAAAAUCUGUGCAUAGGUAACAACCAGGUAAAUGGGAUUUUGAGGAUUUCACCCUGCCAUCUGUAAACCCAUGAAAACUGCACUGAACUUUGUUUAGUGGCUGCUUGGGUGUCUUUUUAAACUCUUGUUAGAUCUGAGCUGACUUAUCUUUGCAUUUGGUGAAAACAGAAACAGAAUUCACUUUGAAGUGAAUGAGCAGCUUGGAAGUAUUUUUGUAAAAUUAGGUAGCUAGCUGUAAAGAUAUCUCUAAUGAUGUAAAUGUCUGUUAGAUAUUUCAUUCUAGUGGCUUCAAACAUGCCCUGGAAAAGACUUGUGGCAAAUGUCUCGCAGCUCACCACUUUGUUGUUUUAGUGACUUCGUAAAUAAGCUCUGGUACUGUUGUAUGCACCUACCGUUUUAUUUGUGGCUGCUAGUGCCAAUCACAUUUCUGCUAUGGCAUGUUUGAAAGCAUGGCAUUAAAGUCAAUUAUAAAGAUAUGUUUAAUUAUGGAUAUUUUGCACUUAGCUCUUUCAUCUUGAAUUAAUGAAUUCUUGUUCUUUAGAUGAUGAUUUGCACCACUUCAAAGAGUAACAACUAUUUGAGAUGUUAAGUAUUUUUAGAUCUAUUUUUGACUGCUUUGAGAAAACAGUACUGUCUGUGAGAGACAAGUGCCUUUAUGAUGCCACUAACUUACACCUUAAUGUGGAGACUUAGGAACUGUGUAUUGGCAGCUUGAUUUGUAAUCUCUGCAAACUGGAUUUCUCACACAUAUAUAAUCCUACUGUAAUAAAUGUCAAAUUACCUUAAUAUGAUAGAUGGCAAGUGUUUCUACAGACUCUUGAUUAUUGAACUUGGGAAACAGGGAUUCUUCUUGCAAAGGAAUGCAUUGAUGUGGACAUGAGGGGAUUUGGGGCAGGUCCUCUGUGCCUAUUGUUACUAGAAGGAGAGAAUGUUUGCUUCAUAACAUGCUCUGAGAUGUUGAUGGAAGGCUGUGUAACUUAUGAGUGUGAAUAGAUUUUGUUUGUGAUUGUACAGGUGAUUGCUUUACAAAAACUGAUCUAUUUCAUCAAUUGAGUGCAGCGUGGAAUGCACAGUUUGGCAGUGAUGCAAUGUUUGUUAAAGGAAUCUCUACUCCUUCAGAGAUAAUAACCCCCUGAAUUUCUCUCUCCUUACUUCUAAAAAUCAUUUUCCCUAGUUAAGAUUCCAUUCUCUGUUUAGACAUCAAUAUUUAGAUGUUAAUAUUCUAACACAGCAUAUUAAUAAUGUUACACACCUGAACGAUUUCACUCAUUUCAAGCUUUUUACACAUUUGAAUUGCAACUUCUGAUUUGCACUUACAUUUUUAGGAAAUAGAAAAAUUUGACAGUAUAAAGAUCUUACAGAUUUUUCUUUAGUAUUACUGUCAGGUCUGCAGUGGUAACUUGUAAUUCAUUUAGGAGUUUAGUGUCCAUGUUCUUUGGAGAUCACAUGAAGCUGUAUAAAUGUUUGAACCUCUCUCACAUAAAGGUGAAUAAGCAUAAUUUAGAUCAGUUCUAUUUUAAGGUUGUAUGUGGCUUAGCUUUUUUGAAUGAACUGUUAGGCCUAUGUCUCUAUGAAGGCAAAUGUGUAAAGUUAGUGUAAUUUUGACUGAGUAGAGUUCAGUAGCAAGCUAUUAUGUGGAUUAAUCUUUUUUUCCCCCCAUUGUUCUAUAGUCUGAUGAAUUGACUAUUUAGAUUUUAUGUUAAAAUUCAAAUCUGGAAUGGGCUUAAGUCUCAGUUUGCAUGAUUUAAAGUAAUAAGCUAAAUACAUUUAACCAAAAUAGAAGGCACAGAUUUCUCAAAAUCUUACUUUUUUGCUGAAGAAUGUCAUUUCUCUGGUUUUUAUAUCCAAAGACUGAGGGGCACUCAAAUUCUCUUUCUGAUAAUGGCAGGCUAAAAGAAUCAGGAAAAUGUAAAUGGACCAAAUUGCAGCAGCCUGCAUUUUAGUACUAUACUGAAAUGUAACAACUUCUCUGCGUGCCGUGUAAUCUACCUUAGAGCAAAAAAAGUGAUUGGAUAUUUGGGAGAGAGGUAAUCCUACGUCAUCAUUCCUGUUUGUUAACUGGGGGGGGUGGGGUGGUUGUUAAACUAGUUUUCUUUAAUUAUUUCAGUGUUUAAUUUUGUUGCUCACUGCUCUGUCUGUUACCAGUUUGGAAGAGAUUUUUGUUAGGUAUGAUUCCUACUUUUUCAACUUAACAGAAAUUCGUGUAUGUAUUCCUUAAUGGUGUAUAUGUCUUGAUUUAUUGCUGUGUAGGAUAUGGCAUUCAGAUGUAAAAAUUCAAGAUUAAAUAUUGCAGUGGUUUAGUCUUGAUUAUUAAUAAAAAUACAUCAGCACCUUUUAGUAGGUAUUCAUUUGAAUGUUAUGCCCUGCUGCCUUUCUCUCUUUAUUUUUGAAUGUGAGCUAUCAGAAUGUAAACAGUUUUUGUCUUGGAGAAAGUAUAUUUAUCAAGCAUACAGACAUAAAGUUCUCUUUUCUUUUCUUUUCCUUUCCCCCUCCUUUAGAAAUUUGCAUUUUUUCAUUGCUGUAUUUAUGAAAAUAAAGUUGUGUGGAAACCA